AUGGCGAAUUACCAGCUGAAUGUGGAUGGGUGCCCAUCGUGGGGCUCAAGAAGCGUCGAUUGCUUUGAGAAACUCGAACAAAUUGGGGAAGGAACCUACGGUCAAGUAUACAUGGCCAGAGAAAAGAGAACUGGAGAAAUUGUUGCUUUGAAAAAGAUACGUAUGGAUAAUGAGAAAGAAGGGUUUCCUAUUACUGCAAUCCGCGAAAUUAAAAUACUUAAGAAGCUGCAGCAUGAGAAUGUUAUCAACUUGAAAGAGAUAGUGACAUCUCCUGGUACUGCAUCGAAUCUCAGUCUAAGUUUUAUUCCUAAUAAGUACAAUGGAAGCAUCUACAUGGUCUUUGAGUACAUGGACCAUGACUUAACUGGGCUUUCAGAUCGGCCCGGAUUGAGGUUUACUAUUCCACAAAUAAAGUGUUAUAUGAAGCAACUGCUCACGGGUCUUCAUUAUUGUCAUGUAAACCAAGUGCUCCAUAGGGAUAUUAAAGGUUCCAAUCUUCUUAUUGACAAUGAGGGGAAUCUGAAACUUGCUGAUUUUGGACUCGCACGUUCCUUUUCAAAUGACGUCAAUGCAAAUCUUACGAAUCGUGUUAUUACCUUGUGGUAUAGACCUCCGGAGUUGCUUCUUGGUACCACAAAAUAUGGUCCAGCUGUCGACAUGUGGUCCGUGGGUUGCAUCUUUGCUGAGCUCUUGUAUGGAAAACCAAUCUUACCAGGAAAAAAUGAGCCCGAACAGUUAAACAAAAUAUUUGAGCUUUGUGGAUCACCUGAUGAGGUGACGUGGCCUGGCGUUACCAAAAUCCCUUGGUAUAACAAAUUUAAGCCCGCACGUCAAAUGAAAAGGCGAAUCCGAGAGCUUUUUAGACAUUUUGACCGGCACGCUUUGGAUUUGUUGGAGAAAAUGCUUGUUCUUGAUCCAGCUCAGAGGAUAUCAGCUAAGGAUGCUCUAGACGCCGAGUAUUUCUGGACAGACCCAUUACCUUGCGACCCGAGAAGUUUGCCGAAAUACGAGUCGUCCCACGAGUUCCAAACUAAGAAAAAACGUCAGCAGCAGCGGCAGAACGAAGAAAUCGCAAAGAGGCAGAAACUCCAACACCCACAGCAACACGCUCGUUUGCCUCCCAUCCAACACUCAGCCCAAACCCAAACCCAAGCCCACCAUUGGAACAACUCCAAUCCCCAGCAGCCAAUCGCGGGCCACCACCAAUAUGGGAAGCCCCGCGGCCCGCCAGGAGGAGGGCCCAACAACAGGUACCCACCCGGCGGAGGGCCCUACCCGUCUCAGGGGCGGGUCGCUCCGCCUUACCCAGUAAACAGCGGGCCCCGUGGGGCUUACGGGUCGGGACCUCCACCCCCUCCGGCGAGUUAUUCGCAGGGCGGCGGUCAGUAUGGAGUUUCCGGCGGGAGAGGUCAGAAUCCGGCUGGCGGAAGCAGAAAUCAACAGUUUGGCUGGCAGCAAUAG